AAAAGAAAAAGAAAAAGAAAAUAUCACAUGAAGAAAAGAUCCCAAAUGGCAAAUGCCGAGUCAUAACUUCCUACACCAACAGAUUUCAUUCGGACAGACUUAUCACCGCCUUCUUCUUCUGCUAUUUGUAUCCUUUCUUCUUGCCUCUGAGCUGAAGCUUUUUGCUACUUCUACCCACCACCAAUGCCGACACUCAAAGCAGGCACCCGACCGCCGUGGGUCGGCCUAGGAGCGGCGGUGUGGGUGCAAAUUGCAGCGGGCAAUGCCUACACUUUCCCUCUCUACUCCCACUCCCUGAAGUCGGUUCUGGGUUUCAACCAGCAGCAGCUCACCAUGCUGGGUGUGGCCAACGAUAUCGGCGAGAACGUUGGCCUUAUCCCCGGCAUCGCUUCCAACAGGCUCCCUCCGUGGCUAAUUCUUUUGAUCGGAGCUCUCGCCUGCUUCACCGGCUACGGCGUCAUCUGGCUCACCGUCAGCCGCACCAUUCAGCCUCUGCCAUACUGGUUGUUAUGGCUUGCCCUUUGUGUUGCCACUAAUAGUAAUGCUUGGUUUUCCACGGCCGUGCUUGUAACCAACAUGAGAAACUUCCCUCUAACGCGUGGCACAGUUGCUGGUAUUCUGAAAGGUUACGGGGGUCUCAGCGCAGCUGUAUUUACAGAAGUUUAUAGUGUUCUGCUUCGUAAUUCCUCUUCCAGGCUUCUGCUCUUCCUUACACUUGGGAUUCCUGUUCUGUGUUUUGCUAUGAUGUAUUUUGUGUGGCCUUGUACUCCGGCUUCAAGUGAAGACCCUGCAGAGCGUGGCAACUUUCUUUUUAUCCAAGUUGCAAGCGUUGUGCUUGGAUUAUACGUUCUCUCAACUACAAUAUUGGAUGAUACCAUUUCCUUAAGUGCCCCAAUUACCAACACUUUUGUCGUCAUAAUGGUUCUACUUCUCAUGGCCCCACUUGCAAUCCCUGUAAAAAUGACAUUGUAUCCCACAAGAACCAGCAAAUCGGGGAUGCUUGGUCAAGCGGUUGGGUCUUCAGGUAGUUUGAACAAUGAAGAAGGCACUGCAGACAAAACUGAACCACUAAUGAAGCCAUCUUCAUCGACAGCGAGCCUGGGAAGUUUAAAUGAAGGUUAUGAUUCAUCUGACGUGGCUUUGCUUCUUGCUGAGGGCGAGGGGGCAGUGAAAAGAAAGAGACGGCCCAGAAGAGGGGAAGACUUCAAAUUUAGUGAAGCUGUGGUGAAGGCUGACUUCUGGCUUCUAUUCUUUGUUUACUUUUUCGGGGUUGGUUCGGGGGUAACUGUUCUCAAUAAUCUAGCCCAAAUCGGGAUUGCACAAGGAUUUCAUGAUACAACAGUCUUGCUGUCUCUCUUCAGUUUUGGAAAUUUUGUUGGUCGUCUUGGGGGAGGAGUUGUUUCCGAACAUUUUGUCAGGUCGAAAACAAUCCCUCGGACAGUUUGGAUGACGUGCACUCAAAUUAUAAUGAUCGCCACAUAUCUGCUGUUUGCUUCUGCCAUCAGCGCAACCUUUUAUCCUGCAACUGCAUUACUUGGAAUCUGCUACGGUGUCCAAUUUUCUGUCAUGAUCCCAACUGUCUCGGAACUCUUUGGCUUGAGGGAUUUUGGCAUAUUUUACAAUUUCAUGUCACUAGGGAAUCCUCUAGGUGCACUGCUCUUUUCAGGCCUCCUAGCCGGGUACAUAUAUGAUAACGAGGCAGCGAAGCAGCAUGGGGUUCAUCUCUACGGGACAAAUGUCUCCUGCGUGGGUCCGAAUUGCUUUAGGCUCACCUUCCUGGUUCUCGCUGCUGUCUGUGGCGUCGGUACCAUCUUAAGCAUCGUUCUGUCUUUAAGGAUAAAGCCUGUUUACCAAAUGCUUUACUCUGGGGGCUCCUUCAGGGUACUUCCAAAUACAAACCAUUAAGAUCAAGGAGCGGCGGGGGGAGCUCAACUGUCUAGAGAGCCAUCAUACUCAAGCAUAUCUCAAUACAACUACAACAGUCCGAGACGCAUGUAAAGAGUUUCGUUUUUAGUUUCUCAAAUCCAUCUCAGAACCAAAGAAUCAACACAUGUGGAGGCUCUAGGUUGUUUGUACAAUUCUGAAACGCAGUCUUUAGCUCUCCAGUGUAUCCUAUGAACUAUACUCCGCCCUCCGGCAUCAAUGACGAGUACGAAACCUAUAACGGGUUCCUUCGUUCGCCCUCACGAGGACGUGCCUCAUAGGGACAAAUUAAAAAAUUUGGUUGCAGCUUUCAAUCCUGAGAAAGACUUGGUUGUGAGAGUAAUUGUGUAAUUGAAUGAACGUAGCUGCCGAAUAAAGCUAUGGUAGUAGUGUUUAAUAUUUUGUUGGGUGGAAAUUACUGUUGAUGUGUUGUCGAAGCAGAAUCCUGCAAGUUUGUUGUGGAAAUUACUUUUAUUUA